AACCUAUUUUGCGCACCUGGACCAACCAAUGGCGAAAGACGUCACCUGUUUUAAAUUAUCUACAUUAGUUCAUUUUUCACACGCUCCUUAAAAACGCAGUAUUCCUUUAAACAUCGGAUUGCAUUUUUAAGACAUCAUGGACGCGUACAUGACGUACAUUUUGUUUUUGUCUCUCAAACAAAAAAACUACCUUUUUAAGGGCUGCUCGUUACUGUGACACUGGAGAGCUUUUAAACGAAGACAAAUUAGAUAUGGUUUUGUUUAACUACACAAUAGGGUCAGUAGGAGGACAACUAAUAUGGAAAAAUCCAGAUAUAGCAAAGAAUAUGAUCCUUCAAGCGGACAGUGCUAUUUGCGUCGAAGAGUACUCACCAGAAGUGACUACUUUCGGAUGUGGCAAGCCACAUAAGGUGUUUGAUUUAUCGCUGAUGUGUGUGUAUGAUACGGACAGAUCUGGUACUAUAAUAGGAUGUAGAACUGGAUCACAUCUUCAGAACUGUGGUAACUUAUCAUUUUUAACCGUGAAAAUAUGCUGCCAAGAACAAUCAACUAAAGAUAAGAUGAUACGAAUUUUAAGAAUAUUUGAUGCGAAUAUGCAUGCGUAUGUACGUAAUCGUAGACUUUGAUGAUAAAGCUAUGAAACCGAUAACUUAUUACAAACAGUUAAGCCCGUUUUUAUACUGGCAGCAAAUGGAAGAUUUUUAUUUGAAUGUACUAAAAUGCGUUUAAUGGUUAAAUCAAAUAAAUUCAAGAGUUGUCAAAAACUAAAACAAAAAACAUACAUUUUCUAUUUUAC